AUGGGCGACAUCCCGAGACUACCCAUGCCGCCUUCGACCACCGUCGUCCCCGCGAACGAGUACUAUGCGAAUGCGAAUUAUAUCUCCCGCCACCGCUCCAUCAGCAGUUCGUCAAAGUCAAGUAGUCAGUACGCAAACGACGUUGCCGAACAGGCAGAGUCCGGAGGUGGCACCACAAAGUACAGACGCCAGAGGAGAGCUUCUCACGAUGACAAGGCAUUCAAGCCACGCAGGUUUUUGAUCGACGUAGAGGAGACGCAGAGACUGAUACUGGAGCAAGAGGACACUGACGGCGACUUCCAGAUCACAGUCAACGACAUUGGACCCAAGGUCAUCACGCUCGGUACCGCAGACUCUGCAGGAUUCAACAAGUACGACAUCCGCGGCACUUACAUGCUCAGUAACCUCCUCCAGGAACUCUCCCUCGCCCAGGACUAUGGCCGUAAAUACGUUGUCCUGGAUGAGGCCAGGUUGAACGAGAACCCUGUCGAUCGAUUGUCACGUAUGAUCCGUCAUCACUUCUGGGAUGGGUUGACGAGACGCAUUGAUGCUGAGGGAUUGGAAAUGAUUUCGAAUGAUCCCAAGAACCGGUCCAAGAAUACGGCGCCGAGGAUAUAUGUCCCCUUUGGAGAGGAUGAGGUUCUGGAGUACUACAAGGGGGUGAGCGUUAGCAAACCUAACCUGGGGUUGGAAGUCGAGCAGCUGCCCAAGGACAUCACACCCAAGUAUGUCCAGUCGAUUAACGAGAAGCCCGGGAUUCUAGCUUUGGCUAUGACCAAGCAUGUGGAGGAGGAUGGGUCAGAGACCCUGAAGGGCGUGCCCUUUGUUGUGCCCGGUGGUCGGUUUAACGAGAUGUAUGGCUGGGAUUCGUACUUUGAGUCACUGGGACUGUUGAUCGAUGGACGGUUGGAGCUGGCCAAGGGGAUGGUGGAUAACUUUGUGUACGAGAUUCAGCAUUAUGGCAAGAUCCUCAACGCCAACCGUAGCUACUACCUCACUAGGACCCAACCGCCCUUCCUGACAGACAUGAUGCUCAAGGUCUAUGAUCGACUCCCCUUCAGUCUGGAGGCCGAGAACAAGAAGUGGCUGGCUGUGACCCUGGCCGCCGCCAUCAAGGAGUACCUGACGGUCUGGAUGUCCCAGCCCCGAUACGACCCUAUCUCGGGUCUGUCUCGGUUCUAUAGCGAGGGCGUCGGUAUGCCACCCGAGACUGAGGCGACGCAUUUCGAUCAUGUUAUCAAGCCCUUUGCUGAUGCCAUGGGCCUGUCGAUCGAGGUCUAUAGCAAGUUGUACAACGAAGGGACGGUGAUUGAGCCCGAGUUGGAUACGUACUUUAAGCAUGAUCGUGCUGUGCGUGAGUCUGGUCAUGACACGACGUAUCGGUUGGACAAUUGCUGCGCUGAUUUGGCGACGAUUGAUCUGAACGCGUUGUUGUACAAGUAUGAGAUCGACAUUGCCGAGACUAUCCAGAACAUCUAUGGAGAUUCGUUCGAGACGCCACACUAUGACUGCUACGACACGUUGGCCCAGGAGGAGAAGGAGGAAAAGACGGAGAGUGAACAGGAGAAAAUGUCGGGGGAGAGGAUGAUGAUGCACACGUCGGAGCAGUGGUUUGAGCGAGCGCGGAUCCGGCAGGAGAAGCUGAACCGAUACUGUUGGAACGAGGAGCGAGGCAUGUUCUUUGAUUAUGAUACCCGGCUCGAGACCAUGUGCACCUACGAGAGUGUCACCACCUUUUAUGCCAUGUGGGCCGGAUGUGCCGACCGUGACAAAGCCGAGCGCAUGAUGACAACGGCACUUCCGUUGUUCGAGGUAACGGGAGGCCUGGUAUCGGGUACAGAGUCAUCCCGCGGCUUCAUCACGCUCGCGAGACCCAACCGGCAGUGGGACUUUCCCUUUGGAUGGGCGCCUCACCAGAUCAUCUCUUGGAUUGGCUUUGAAAAGUAUGGUUACAUGGAGGAAGCUAAACGCACCUGCUACCGCUGGCUCUACACAAUCACAAAGUCAUUCGUAGACUUUAACGGUGUGGUCCCCGAAAAGUUCGACAUUGUCAACAUGACCCACAAAGUCGAAGUCGAGUACGGGAACGUCGGUGUCGAUUUCAAGUUUAUCCCACGUGAGGGGUUUGGAUGGAUGAAUGCCAGUUAUCAAGUUGGACUUGGGUAUAUGGACCGCGGGUUGCGUCGUGCUUUGGGUGCGGUGAUGGACCCGACUAAGGUGUUUAAGAGCCGCAGUAAGGCUUUUUUGCUUGCCAACGCCAACGCCAACGCCGCCAAGAUUAUGGAGUGUAUCAACAAACUCGACAUUAGCGACAAGGCUGGAGGCGAAGGUGGUAUUGUUGGUAGUAACGACAGCCGCAACAACGGCGAGAUCCAGCACAGUAUUGAACAACAACAACAACAACAACUACUUUAUCCAUCCGAGCAGCACCAUCACCCAGUCAGACUCCAGGGACCGGUUGUGCAACCUCUCGAUGUCACCACACGCCUCCUCCGCCCUCAUCGGACGUAA